AUGUCUAGAGGUAUUCUUGAACCAACGGACAGCGCAAAACCACCGGCUUACGAAGUCUAUCGCGACGCGCAGCAGCCCAUCGGUCUCAGUCUCGAUGCCCAGCGUCUAAAGUGGGCGCUCGACGGCCCAUUGAACCGCGCGAUCGAGGUCAUGCAGGCCAUCAAUUACGAUCCCAACAUCGCGACAGAGCCAUAUUGUGACAAGACAGCCUCGAAUACCACCUGGCAUCCGGUAUCUCAAUCGCCCCUCACCGAACCCAAAACUUCCUCCGUCAUCGUUCACAUUGACAUUCUCGAAGACUGGGAGUUCCAGUGGCUCGAAAUGCACCGCUUUUGUCAUGAUCCUGAGGACAAUGGAGAGGACCCCGAUGAGUUUCUCUUUGGGGAGCUUCAAGAUUACGAUUCGGACUCAGACGAGGUGGAGGAACCGCAUCUAUUAAGGUGUUGUCGCGCUGAUCGGCCACGGAAGAGGGGUGAGACGCUCCUCGUCAAGGCCAGUGGCGCGUUCCUUACCAUUCACGACUACGUCUUAGCGGUACACCCCUGGUUGCUAGGCCGACGUGAAGACAUCUUUGGGGCAGAGGGGGACUUGAAGAAGAAUGAGCCUCUGGCGGCAGACACCAAGUUGAUGAUUAGCUAUGGUUUGCCGGACCAAGUGAACUUCGAAACAGUGGAAGAUUGGCGAAAGAGCAUGUCAGUAGAUACUGUGAAGAUUGACUCCACGGACUGGCGCUCCUCCGUCUUUCAGCGGCCUCUCGAUUGGUCAUUUAUGGACGGAUUCAACGGACCGGCCCCGUCGUAA